AUGAAGGCGCCAUCUGCAGCAUCAGCUGUGUGUCUAGUGAUACUGGUGGUAGUGUUCGGUGAUAGUGGUGCGUCCGGGUAUCGUAUACUAGGUUUUAACACGAGCCCCAGCCGAUCGCAUGUGAUCGUUCAGGAUGCGCUAAUGAAAGAGCUGGCACGCCGGGGCCACUCGGUGACAAUGAUAAGCCCGUACAAGGAGUCCGAAAGCGUGCCCAACUAUCGCAAGAUAACGAUCCCUAUUGAAUCGUGGAGUAAAGAUUUCGGCAGCAAGAUGUUCACCAACAGUAAUUCGAAGCUGGAAAUGUUCAAAAAUAUGCCACUGAUGCUAAAGGCAGCAUCCGCUGCAGUUAACAAUACCAUACGGUCACCGGAAGUGCAGCGCGUGCUGCGUGAGAAGGAAGGAUUCGAUCUGGUGAUCACGGGUAUCAUGAGUGACGGUGCCCUUGGGCUGGCCACAGUACUCAACUGUCCAACGAUAGUGGUGUGCCCGAAUGCCGCGAUGCCAUUCGUGAAUUCAAUGGUUGGCAAUCCGUCACCGAUUGGCAUCAUCCCGAGCAUGAUGGCCGGGCUUUCCUCGGCCAUGACCUUCUGGGGGCGUGUGGUCAACAUCCCUGGAGUUUUCAUCGAUGAGCUGUUCGGUAUCUUCUGGAUGAGCUACCAGCGAGAGGUUUACACUAACCUUUUCCCUGCGGAUCGCUACCCGUCAUAUGAUGAGGCUAGGAAGAACGUAUCGAUGGUAUUCCUGAACCAUCACGUCUCGAAGGGUAAUCCAAGACCGUACGUACCGGCAAUGGUGGAGGUCGGUGGGUUACAGAUCAAGGAAACCCCCUCGCCGCUCCCAGAAGAUAUACGCAAGUGGAUCGAGGGCGCUGACCAUGGUGUCAUCUUCUUCAGUCUCGGUACCAACCUGCUCAGCUCAUCGAUGCCACCGGAGAAACUGGAUGCCAUCCUGAGUACCUUCCGGAAGCUAAAGCAACGCAUCAUCUGGAAGUGGGACUCGCAGGAUAUGCCCAACAAACCGGAUAACGUGCUGCUACGCGAUUGGCUACCACAGGAUGACAUCCUAGCCCAUCCUAACGUACGGCUCUUCAUCAUGCACGGUGGCCUCGGAGGGAUCGCCGAGUCGCUGUUCCACGGCGUACCACUCGUCGGCAUUCCCAUGUUCGGCGAUCAGCCGGCCAAUUUGGCGAAAGUCGAAAAGGAAGGUUGGGUCUAUGUGCUCGAGUUUAGCGAUCUGACGCAGCAGACACUCACAAGGGCGAUCGAGACGGUACUGAACGAUGGUAGCUAUAAGGAGAACGUGCAGCGUUUGGCGCAGCUGUACCGCGAUCGCCCCCAGAGUGCCAUGGAAACGGCUGUCUUCUGGACGGAGUACGUGAUCCGUCAUAGGGGAGCAACGCAUCUGCGCUACCCAGGAGUUGACAUGCCCAUCUGGGAGCGCUAUGCACUGGAUGCAAUCGCGUUCUGGUGCGCAGUGAUCUAUGCGUUGUGCAAGUUUGUAGCAUUCACGUGCCGCCGCUGCUGUCGGAGAGCGAAAAGCCCGAAACUCAAAAGGCAAUAG